AUGGCCGGCGCUGGCGCAGGAGCUGUAGCCGCCACGUUUGUAGCGCCGCUAGACGUGGUCAAGACCCGCCUGCAAGUGAUGGGCGCACCACAAGCCUCCACGUCAGCAGCAGGGGGAACAGCAGCAGCUAGCGCGAGGCCAUUAGCAGCGCCAACAGGAGGAGGGGCAGCAGCAGCAGCAGCAUCUGCCUCCCCGCCGCCGUUCGCUCGGAUAGCGACUGUGCUUGCCACUCCCCCGUCCGCGUCCGCAGCCGCCGCGGCAGCAGAAGCAGCGCGAGGGGCGGGAGGAUCAGGGGGAUUAGGAGCAGGGGGAGCGGGGGGAGUAGCAGUGGGGGGAACAGGCGCGGGGGGAAAAGCAGCAGCGGCGGGGAGGCGGUGGCGCAUGGGCGUGAUAGCGGGGUCCCUCCAGACCAUCUGGCGCACGGAGGGCCUGAGAGGGCUGUACCGCGGGCUCUCCCCCACCAUGGUGGCUCUGCUGCCCAACUGGGCGGUGUACUUUUCAGUGUACGACCAUUUAAAGAGGAUGCUAAGCGAGCCGAGUCAUUCAGGCGCAGCAGGAGGGGCAGGCACGGCACGGCCACAGCAGCAGCAGCAGCAGCAGCAGCAGCAGCAGCAGCAGCAGCAGCAGCAGCAGCAGCUGUCGCUGGGGCGAAGUGUGUUGGCAGCAGCAGGAGCAGGCACAGCUACUGUCCUCGCCACCAACCCCCUGUGGGUCGUCAAGACGUGGCUGCAGACUCAAGCCAUGCGGACCAACAGGCGGCCCUACAAGGGAACGUUUUCCGCCCUUGUGCGGAUUACAAGAGAGGAAGGGCUGGGGGGGCUGUACAGCUUUUUCCGCCCUUGUGCGGAUCACCAGAGAGGAAGGGUUGGGGGGGGUUGUACUGGUGAGACGGAGGGAGGAGAAGAGGAGGGAGAGGGGAAGGGCUGGGAGGGCUGUACAGAUGAAGGGAGGGACAGGGAAGGGGAGAUGACUUUUGAGAGGGGGAGGGAAGGGGAAGGGAGGGACAGGGAGGGGGAGAUGACUUUUGACUUUUGA